CCCCCCUCCUCCCUCCCCCCCUCUCCGCGCACACACAAACUCACGGGACGCGCAAGAUUUUGGGGCACCCGUCUUGCUGUCGCACCGCACCUGUUCCCCUGUCCAUUGUUUCCUCCAUCUGCCUCCCUUUCCACCCGCCUCGCUCGCAUCCCCUUUCUCCCGCUUUCUCCCUGCCCCCGACACCAUGGCCAGCACUGCGGCUCCCGCCAACAAGGCCCCCUGUCCGGCGACCAUGGCCGGCGCGGCCAUCAAGGCGGCCCACGCGCCAGCCGAACAGUAUCAGGAGCACUUCCACGAGACGUUCAAGCGACUGGUUCGCAUUACGGCACGCAUGUUCUUCCAGUCAGCACACGUCGUCAUCUUGGAUGCGCUGCUCACCCAGCGCUGCACGGCACAGGAGCUGUCAGCCAUGCUGCACUUGUCGCAAAACCGUAUCCAGACGGAAAUGGGCGCCCUCAAGGGGCUGGUCAAGAUUGAGAAAGAUGCCCGUGAGAAUAAGAGCAAGGCCGGCCAGAUGCAGAACAUCGAUCUCUUCAGGAUCGAUUGCCUGAACUUCAUUGUUCUCAUCCGGUGGAAGGUGGAGAUGCUCAACCGGCAGCUGGAUAGCGCCUCAGCCGAGGAGAACAAGAAAAUCUUCCGCUGUAACCGCUGCGACAACACGUACACCUUCCGUGGUGCGAUGUUUCGAAUGACCCAGACUGGCGGGAAUUACGUCUGCCCCGAGGACGAGACGGUCCUGGAUUCCAUCGUGCGCAAUGACCCGCAGCCCAACUCCGAGCGCAUGCUCUCCCAGCUGAAGCCGCUCCUAAAUCUGCUGGAAGAGGUCCAGAAGAUGAACAGUUGGGAUCUCGACGGCCGGCUGCCGCCCACGAUACCGAAUGCUCCCUCUGGACGCUACUCGCGUGGCGGUGGCUUCAGCGGCAUCGGCCUCUCGGGAUCCAGCGACUUCUCGGUGCGCGUGGCCACCAUGGAAGAGCUGCUGGCGAAGCAGGCCAGCGGCAAAAAGCGCAUCCACCUGGGCAUUCCGGAGUACCUCAUGCCGAACCUGUCAAUUCGCCUCGGAGCACCGAGCCGGACGGACGCCGGGCGUGACGGAGCCGACGGGUCCGGGGCCGACUCGGAGCGCGAUCUGUCCGAGCUGCUGACCCGAGCGAUGAGCACCGAUGUGCGCCUUGCUCGGGCCCGGCUGCUGGGCCUGGAUCCCACCCCGGCGGCUCCGUACGACUCGUAUACCGGCUUCAUUGCUGAUACCACCACGGAUCUGACAUUCUUCGGGUCAGGUGGCUCGGAAGACAGCAAAACCUGAAAGGCGGCCCCGUUGCCCCAGGGUGCGCAUGCGUGUGUAGGCAUGCCCGUGGGGGGGGGGG